AUGGUGUGGUGUAACCACUGUGGGAAAAAUGUUCCCGGAGUACGCCCCUACGAUGGUGCAUUGGCGUGUAAUCUAUGUGGGAGGAUAUUGGAAAAUUUCAAUUAUUCUUCUGAAGUAACAUUCGUUAAGAACGCGGCUGGACAGAGCCAAGCGUCAGGUAACGUAGUGAGUAGUGUUCAGAGUGGGAUUUCAAGCUCACGCGAAAGGAGAAUUAGGAUUGCAAGAUAUGAGCUUACGAAUUUGAAAAAUGCCAUGGGAAUUGAUGAGAGAGAGGAUUUGAUUGACAUGGCUGUUAAAUUCUUUACAAUGGCAGUUGAGCAAAAUUUCACUAAAGGUCGCAGGACUGAACUUGUACAGGCUUCCUGUCUCUACUUGACUUUCAGGGAAAUGAACAUUCCGUAUCUUCUUAUUGACUUUUCCAGCUACCUUCGAGUUAGCGUCUAUGAGUUAGGUUCUGUGUACUUGCAACUAUGCGAAGUGCUGUACAUUGCGGAAAACAAGAAUUAUGAAAGGCUUGUUGAUCCUUCGAUUUUCAUUCCUCGGUUCUCAGACAGCUUAUUGAAAGGUGCACCGAAUAGAGCUCUCGUGAACACAGCUCGAGACAUUAUAGCUAGUAUGAAAAGAGAUUGGAUUCAGACCGGCCGGAAACCUAGUGGUAUAUGUGGAGCAGCACUAUACACAGCUGCGCUUUCCCAUGGUAUCAAGUGCUCUAAGACAGAUAUUGUAAAAAUUGUGCACAUAUGUGAAGCAACUCUAACCAAACGAUUGGAUGAGUUUGGAAAUACCGAGUCUGGAAGUUUAAAUGUUGAAGAACUCACAGAAAGGGAAAGGGAAAGGGAAAUUGAUAAGAGAUCUUAUACCCCAAAACAAAAGUCUAUCACAGAGGCGGUGCUUUGUAUGCAUACGAAAGCAAAACCUCAUGGUUAUGGACUAUGUGAGAGCUGUUACAUUGAUUUCAUAAAUAUUUCUGGAGGAAUUGUUGGUGGGUCGGAUCCUCCUGCUUUCCAGAGAGCAGAGAAAGAGAGAAUGGAAAAAGCAGCUAGAGAAGAAAACGAGGGAGGAAUUGGUAGCGUAAACCAUGACGAACAACUAAAUUCCGUGAGAGAACCAGACUAUUGCAGUGUGAGCAAAAGCGAAAAAAAAUGUUCAGAGAAAGGUGAAGAAAAGAAAGAUGGGGCUGAUGGAGAUGCUGCAUCUUCUGAUGAAUCAGACAACUUUUCUGAUAUCAGUGACGAUGAGGUGGAUGGCUAUAUUAAUAACGAGGACGAAAAGCGCUAUAAGACGAUCAUAUGGGAAGAACUGAACAGAGAAUACCUUGAGGAGCAAGCAAUUAAGGAAGCAGAUCUGAAGGCGGCUAUGGAAGCUUUAAACGCGAGCAACUCCAGUUGCCCAGAAUAUGCAAGAAAGCUUGCUGAGGCUUCUAAAGCUGCAGUGUCAAAAUCUAGAAAGGAAAAGCAGCAAAAACGAGCCGAGGAAGCAAGGAACGCACCUCCCCCAGCCACAGCCACGGAAGCUGUUCGCAGAACGCUUGAUAAAAAGAGACUUAGUGGGUUAAUCAACUACGAUGUCUUGGAUGAGCUUUUUGAUAUAUCUCCAGCCGAGCAAUCACCCAAGAGAUCAAAACUCGAGACAGUCAUGGAGGAGAAAGAAGAAGUGAAGAGCAAUGAGCAUGAGGAUGGUGAAGACGAAGAUGAAGCUGAAGAGGAUGAAUACGACGUGAACACAGAUUUUCCAAACGGCGAUAAAUUAUAUGACGAGCAAGAAGAAGAGGAAGGUUAUGACUUUGGAUCGUAUUGA